AUGGCCGGCAUCGUACCAAAGCCUUCGGGCCCGAACAAGCUCUUCAAUAACCCCGGCCAAAAGUUUGGGGAUUUUAGGGACGAUAUCCUGAGGGAUGGAUAUGUUGUUGUCAAAGGCGCUGUCCCACGAGAGCGUGCAGAGAAGUACGCCGAAGAAAUGUACAGCUACUUAGAGAACUUCAAAGGCGGCCUAGGAUUCAAGCGUUUCGAUCCCUCAACGCAUACGGAGCAAUACUUACCAGUCAUCAACGAGAAGGGCAUGUGCUCAGGCUACGGGGUCAACCACGAAACAUUCACAUGGGACAUUCGCUGCGAGCCUGGUGUCGUCGAUGCCUUCGCCAAGGUGUUUGACACUGAGGACUUGAUCGUAUCAUUCGAUGCUGUCAACUUUGCUCUACCAAACCGAAAGGAUACCAAGGAGAACAAACCCUGGCCGCACCAGGAUCAAGACCCUGAGAAGCCUGGCUUUAGGUGCCUGCAGGGCAUCGUCAACCUCCUACCAAACGGCCCCAAGGACGGUGGUCUGAUUGUUUGCAAGGGUGCACACCACCUUUCCGAACAGUUCCACGAGGAGUUCCGCGACGAGCCCGACAAGGUCUGGGCAUGGACGAAGGAGUGGUAUGGCUUCAGCGACAGGGGCAUGAGGUGGCUUGCAGACAAGGGAAUGGAAUGGGUCAAGGUCGAGUGUGAACCGGGCGACUUGCUGCUCUGGGACUCACGAACUCCUCAUUACAACCUUAGCCCUACCGGAGACAGGCCACGAUUCGCUACAUACACUUGCUACAUGCCUGCCGCAGAUGCCACUCAAGAAGAUCUGCUGCGCAAGAAGGAGGCCUUCGAGAAGCAGCUCGGCACCACACACUGGCCCAACGCAGCCCACGUUCGCGAUGUUAGCCAGCCGUUGAUGCGGAAAGAUGGCACGCCUUGCCCGUACAAUGAUGACAAGCCCCGACAGCCGAUCAAGCUGGAUGAGAGGGGAAUGAAGCUCACAGGCAUUUCUUAUAUUACCGCGAGCGCUUAG